GAGAGUGGCAGCUGGACUUGCCAGGCUGCGAGGGACAGGGUGCAGAGCCGCAGUGCCGUAGUAGCGGGCAGCCGAGACAGACCGCCGGCAAACUGCAGAUCCCCCAACAGAGGCUGAAGCCCGGGAGCUGCCUAACCGCAGGCGGGUCGCCUGAUCUCCGCGGCGCGCCCCGGGGCUACCAUCCCCCUCCCCCGAGAGGCCCGCGCGGGCGGGAAGACGCCCUUACGCCAGCUUCGGUCCCCUUUCUGUCUCUCGGUUCCUCUUUCCUCCCAAGUAAGGGAAUAAACUGUGAGGAAGGAGCGCCCCGGGCAACCGCGCAACCAAGUGUUGCACGGUGAGGAGAGCCAGGAUUCUGAAUUUGCCUUGACCUCAGCAGAAGGAUGUCCUAGAGGAACGGCAGAGGUUUUCUCUCAGCUGCCAAGAUGUGCCCCCUGCUGCCAUAGAUGUGUGAGUCCCCCAGGAGUCUCUGGAAGGGCAUAUCCAUUGUCCACCUGCAAUGAGCCAAGCCCUGGGCCAGGCCUCAGCUUCACCCUGCUGAACAAAACUCUAUCCCUGGCCUCAAGAAGCUUGCAUCCAGGUUAAAGAUGAGUGAAGAACGAUGGGUGUCUCUCACUCCUGAAGAAUUUGACCAACUCCAAAAAUACUCAGAAUAUUCCUCCAGGAAAGUAAAAGAUGUCUUGGCUGAAUUUAACGAGGGUGGAAGUCUCAAGCAAUAUGAUUCACAUAAGCCAAUUAGCUAUGAUGUCUUCAAGCUGUUCAUGAGGUCAUACCUGGAAGUGGAUCUUCCUCAGCCACUGAGCACACACCUCUUCCUGGCCUUCAGCCAGAAGCCCAGGCAGGAGAUCCCGGACCACUCCAAGGAGGGGGCCAGCAGCAGUGAGCCCAACAGCCCAGAUUCUAAUACACAGAAUGCAGAUAAUGGUGCCAAAGCAGAUGAGGCCUGUGCCCCUGAUACUGAAUCUGAGAAGCAAGCCCCAGCUAGAAAUCAAGUGGCUACAAUCCCCCUGGGAGGCCCUGCUGCUGAAUCUUCCAGCUCGGAGUCCCCUGCAGUGUGCCUGAAGGAUGUCGUGUGCUACCUGUCCCUGCUGGAGACCGGGAGACCACAGGAUAAGCUAGAAUUCAUGUUUCGUCUCUAUGAUUCGGAUGAGAACGGACUCCUGGACCAAGCGGAGAUGGAUCGCAUUGUCAACCAAAUGCUACAUAUUGCCCAGUACCUGGAGUGGGAUCCCACCGAGCUAAGACCUAUAUUAAAGGAGAUGUUACAAGGGAUGGACUAUGACCGGGAUGGCUUUGUGUCUCUCCAGGAAUGGGUCCAUGGAGGGAUGACCACCAUUCCACUGUUGGUCCUCCUGGGGAUGGAUGAGACUGGCUCCAAGGGGGACGGGAGGCACGCCUGGACCCUGAAGCAUUUCAAGAAGCCAACCUACUGCAACUUCUGCCAUAUCAUGCUGAUGGGAGUUCGGAAGCAAGGCCUGUGCUGUAUUUACUGUAAAUACACUGUCCACGAACGCUGUGUAUCCAAAAACAUCCCUGCGUGUGUCAAAACGUGCUCAAAAGCCAAAAGGAGCGGCGAGGUGAUGCAGCACGCGUGGGUGGAAGGGAACUCCUCCGUCAAGUGUGACCGGUGCCACAAAAGUAUCAAGUGCUACCAGAGUGUCACCGCGCGGCACUGCGUGUGGUGCCGGAUGACGUUUCACCGCAAAUGUGAAUUAUCCACGUUCUGCGAUGGUGGGGAACUCAGAGACCAUAUUUUGCUGCCCACCUCGAUCUGCCCCAUCACCCGGGACAGGCCAGGUGGGAAGUCCGAGAGCAGCAGCGGAGCAGCCAAGGGCGAACUCGUCACGCAGUAUAAGAUCAUCCCCACCCCGGGCACCCACCCACUGCUGGUCUUGGUGAACCCUAAGAGUGGAGGGAGACAAGGAGAAAGAAUUCUUCGGAAAUUCCACUACCUGCUCAACCCCAAACAAGUUUUCAACCUGGACAAUGGGGGACCUACUCCAGGGCUGAACUUUUUCCGUGAUACCCCAGACUUCCGAGUGCUGGCCUGUGGAGGGGACGGCACCGUCGGCUGGAUUCUGGAUUGCAUUGACAAGGCCAAUCUCACAAAGCACCCACCCGUGGCUGUCCUGCCUCUUGGAACAGGAAAUGACCUGGCCCGGUGUCUCCGCUGGGGUGGAGGUUAUGAAGGGGGCAGCUUGACGAAAAUCCUCAAGGACAUUGAACAGAGCCCCUUGGUGAUGCUGGACCGCUGGUACCUGGAAGUCAUCCCCAGAGAGGAGGUGGAGAAUGGAGACCAGGUCCCCUACAGCAUCAUGAACAACUACUUCUCUAUUGGCGUGGAUGCUUCCAUUGCACACAGAUUCCACAUGAUGAGAGAGAAACACCCUGAAAAAUUCAACAGCAGGAUGAAGAACAAGCUGUGGUACUUUGAAUUUGGUACCUCAGAGACCUUUGCAGCCACCUGCAAGAAGCUCCACGACCACAUAGAGCUGGAGUGUGAUGGAGUUGAGGUAGACCUGAGCAACAUCUUCCUGGAGGGCAUUGCCAUCCUCAACAUUCCCAGCAUGUACGGAGGCACCAAUCUCUGGGGAGAAACCAAGAAGAACAGGGCUGUGAUCCGGGAAAGCAGGAAGAGCAUCACUGAUCCGAAGGAACUGAAAUUCUGCGUCCAAGACCUCAGUGACCAGCUCCUUGAAGUGGUGGGGCUAGAGGGAGCCAUGGAGAUGGGGCAGAUCUAUACUGGCCUGAAGAGUGCGGGCAGGAGGCUGGCCCAGUGCUCCUCCGUCACCAUCAGGACUAACAAGCUCCUGCCGAUGCAAGUGGAUGGAGAGCCCUGGAUGCAGCCGCCCUGUGCGAUUAAAAUUACUCACAAGAACCAAGCGCCCAUGAUGAUGGGGCCUCCCCAGAAGAGCAGCUUCUUCUCACUGAGGAGGAAAAGCCGGUCCAAAGACUAGACUCAAAUGCCAGCUCAACCAAGACAGAGAACAAGAAACUGUAACAUUCUCACACACACACACACACACACACACACACACAGCGAAGCCGCCCUUUUGGAAGAAAACUUCACCUUGCCAUGCAAUCUAUUUCAGUAAUCGAAACACCCCUAACAGAACCAGUCCCACGGGACAUUUCAAAUAUACAUAGGGCCGCAGCAACCCCACACCCCCACGGGCCUUGAGCAGGACUUGCAGAGAGCAAAGAGAACGUGCCCCUUCUUUGCACCAGCCCUGCAUGUUUCCUCGCCGACGCCCACGAGGAGCAGGCUGCAGGACUCCUGCCCCCGGUGAGCUCUCGGAUGUGGUCAAGGCCGAGAGCUCCGUUCCAGAGAAUCUGCACAAAGGUCCUUCUGUACGGAGACAGCGGCCUCCAGCCCUCCGAGCAGACUCCUCGGCGGGGCUCUGCAAGCGCGCGAUGGUUUCUCGGUUGCCCUUUGACGGACAACUUCUCCCCGAAGUCGCUGAGGCAGCAGAAAGGCCGCCUGCCCCGGGCUGCCUCUCCGUGCUCGGUGCCCCGCGCCGUCAGUGGGCACUCGUUCAUUUCUCCGGCCCGCUCCUGGUGGCUGAGUGUUUGUUUAGAGACGGCUCCAAGAGCUCCAGAGCUGCCUGCGCAGCACAUCUCAGAUGUGGUAUUUAUUUUCUUAGUUCUGUGAACACCUGGGAGGGAAAGCGGAGAAACUGGGAUUUAUUUUUCAAAUCGGUGUCAAAUCGGUGUAUAAAAAAGGGAAGAAGAAGAAAAAAAAAAUCCCAGCUUCUUUGUGCCCCACCCCCACUCCCAGAUCAAAACACGUUUCCUCUUCCAAGCCCUGGUGGCAGUCUAUUCCCGAAGGCAGAGAAGACGGGAGGAAGGGACCUUGUUGGGGAAACCAGGAAAUCACCCACUGGGUGGUUCCCUGUGCUCUUGGCAUCUCCCGUUCUCCCAGUGUGACCCGAAGGACCUUCGGACGGUCUUACAUAUGUAUAUAUGUAGCAUGUAUAUUUAUAUAUAAUACAUAAAUAUUUAUUUACUGAUGGACUUUUCCUGAUUGGAAAUAAGCAUAGGUAAUACGGGAAAAGAAAGUGGGAAAGAAGAAGAAGGCUCUUACCCACCUUUGCCAUUUCAUUGUCAAGACAUGUUCCCCUGUGCCAACCACAGGGUGUAAGGGGAAUUAAAGGAGCGGCUUGUCAUGAAGAAAACGCCGAUUAUGGGUCCUCAAAGCAGCCAUGGAAGCACUGCUGGACAGGAUUUACUCUCCCGUUUGUCAAACAAGGAAACUGAGUCUCAGAAAAGUGACACGGCUUCUCCAUGGUGUUUUGCCUAACGUUCAAAAGGAAGUGCCCCUGAGAAGAUAUUUACUGGAGGAAGGAACCUGCACACUGGGAGUAGAGUCAUUCCUGGUCACUGAGGAGGGAUUCUACCCGGAUCCAGGUUUGCAGGGAGGAACAAACAUGCAGCACGUGUGCAGAAGGGCAAAUUCACACAAGCCAUCCGGGCCCUGGGAAGGCUUCCCAGCUCUCUCUGGACUGAACUGGGGAGAAGCUGAAGCUCUGAGCUAAAGGCAUUGCACAGACCAUCCAAAUGAACUCUCUGCGCGACCCUCCUCUUGGUCCCCAGAGUCUCUUAGCGUGGAAAGUCCCCUGGCUGCAGGCACCAUGACCUCAGAGAGAGUCAUGAGGACUGAGCACUUUGUGCAGGACGCCUCCCCCGGCACAGAGGGGUCUCGGUGUGCUGCAGGCUUCAUUCACAUGGUGCCGGCAUCCCCCUCUUCUCCCAAGGCCAACUCUGCAGAGCUUCAUCGGCACAAAGCAAUGUUUUCUUGGCCUCUGGGCUCACGUCGGCCUCCAUCCCUCUGGCAGAUUUCUCAAGUCCUGGGCCCACUUGACACCACUCCAUGGAGCUGCCUCUAGUUUCUUUGCCCUGGGACAGGAGCUCUGGACAAGGAAGGCAAUAUUAAGAUGGUGUAUGCAAACGGGGUCUACCUCUGAAGGAAGCAGUCAUCUAAGACCAUCUGGGACUGAGAUCUGGGACCAUCCUACUCAAUUCAAGUGCUGAACUCUGAGAAAAGCGAAACCAGGCCACCUAAAGCAUACCCUUCCUGAUGGGCUCCUAGGUGAUGGGUCCAGCAAGCUCCAGAAUGACGACAGGUAGCACCUCAGAAGCCGCUUGGUUCUGAAACUGAGACAGGUUCAGAUUUGGGGUCCCUGAUUCUAAGACAUUUACAGGAGCUUUUAUGUAAAGUUUAGUCCUCAUUCCCCCAAGAUUGAGGCUGUUGAGACACAAUACUAUCAACAGGUGAAGUUAUUCUCAGACACAAGUCUCAUGCAGGGGCCAUGCCAAGAUGGGCUUCCAUCUACUCCACCCAGUGAGCAGAACUUGAAUACUGCUGGAAAGACAUUCCCGGGUCCCCCUUACAGGAGCACAGUGGAACAAACUUCAGUGCAUUGACUGCCGAUUCAGUAACCUUAGUAAGUCUCGCGUUGUUGUUUAAUCUUACUUGGCAAAUCACUUUUUAAACACCAUGACUGCGGUUUCUCCCUGUGAAGUGCCUCCUCAGAGUGAUCCCCACAGCAAUAACUGAGGUUAGCAAAGAAGAUAUUGUUAUCUCAAUCAUAACAAGGAGAAUGAGGCUUAAUGAGACUUAGUGACUUCUCCAAGCCACCCAUUUAGGGAGUCGAGGGAGAACCCAGUCCCUUACUUCUUGUCUUAUUCUGAUUCUUACUGUGCUAUAGACAUGUUCAUUCUCACCUGCCUUCGUGCUCUCACCCCGCGAUCAAUAAAAACAGUAAAACAGCA